AGCGGGGCCGGCCUGCGGGGAAAACGAAACCGGGCGGCGGCGCGGCCCGUCCCCGCUGCUGUCCGUCGCCGUCGCCUGCCCCCGUGAGUGCCGGCGCGGCCCGCCCGCCUGCAGUAACAAUGAAGAGGAGAAAUGAUCCAGAGUGCACUGCCCCUAUCAAGAAGCAGAAGAAAAGAGUGGCAGAGCUUGCCCUGAGCCUCAGCUCUACACCAGAUGAACCCCCCUCUUCUGUCAAUAAUGCAGCCAAAGCACCUAUGACAAGCCUCAGCGGGUCUGACAGCGAGACUGAGGGGAAGCAGCACAGCUCUGACUCUUUCGACGAUGCAUUCAAAGCAGACUCCCUCGUGGAGGGAACGUCUUCUCGCUACUCCAUGUAUAAUAGUGUCUCCCAGAAGCUUAUGGCCAAGAUGGGCUUCAGAGAAGGCGAAGGAUUGGGUAAAUACAGCCAGGGUCGGAAGGACAUUGUUGAAGCCUCCAAUCAGAAAGGUCGAAGAGGUCUGGGUCUGACUCUGCAAGGCUUUGACCAAGAACUGAAUGUGGACUGGAGAGACGAGCCUGAGCCCAGUGCCCUUGAGCAGGUGUCAUGGUUCCCAGAAUGUACCACUGAAAUUCCUGAUGCUAAGGAAAUGAGCGAUUGGUUAGUCGUGGGAAAGAGAAAGCUGAUGAUUGAAGAUGAAACAGAGUUUUGUGGGGAAGAACUUCUCCACAGUGUGCUGCAGUGUAAGAGCGUGUUUGAUGUCCUGGAUGGGGAGGAGAUGCGGCGAGCUCGGACCCGGGCCAACCCUUACGAGAUGAUCCGAGGCGUCUUCUUCCUUAACAGGGCAGCAAUGAAGAUGGCGAACAUGGAUUUCGUAUUUGAUCGCAUGUUCACGAAUCCACGAGACUCCUGUGGGAGGCCUCUGGUCAAGGACCGAGAAGCAGAACUUCUGUACUUUGCUGACGUCUGCGCAGGCCCAGGCGGCUUCUCGGAGUAUGUGCUGUGGAGGAAGAAGUGGCAUGCCAAGGGCUUCGGAAUGACCCUUAGGGGCCCUAAUGACUUCAAGCUAGAGGACUUCUACUCGGCCUCCAGCGAGCUCUUCGAGCCCUACUAUGGCGAGGGUGGGAUCGAUGGAGAUGGAGACAUCACUCGCCCGGAUAACAUCUCUGCUUUUAGAAACUUUGUCCUGGAUAACACAGAUCGUAAGGGUGUCCACUUCCUGAUGGCCGAUGGGGGUUUCUCAGUGGAGGGGCAGGAGAAUCUGCAAGAAAUCCUCAGCAAGCAGCUGCUGCUCUGUCAGUUCCUCAUGGCACUGUCCAUUGUCCGCACAGGAGGCCACUUCAUCUGUAAAACCUUUGACCUGUUCACACCGUUCAGCGUGGGGCUCAUCUACCUGCUGUACUGCUGCUUUGAACGUGUCUGUCUCUUUAAGCCGGUCACCAGCCGUCCUGCCAACUCAGAGAGGUAUGUGGUGUGCAAGGGCCUAAAGGUGGGCAUAGAUGACGUGCGGGACUACCUCUUCUCGGUGAACAUCAAACUCAACCAGCUGGCAAACACCGAUGCUGAUGUGAACCUUGUGGUGCCCUUGGAGGUGAUCAAGGGAGACCAAGAAUUUACUGACUACAUGAUCCGGUCCAAUGAAAGCCAUUGCAGUCUGCAGAUCAAAGCUCUGGCCAAAAUUCAUGCCUUUGUGCAAGACACAACCCUGAGUGAGCCUCGUCAGGCAGAAAUCCGGAAAGAGUGCCUCCGACUCUGGGGGAUUCCGGACCAGGCCCGGGUUGCUCCUUCUUCCUCAGACCCAAAGUCUAAGUUCUUUGAGCUCAUUCAGGGCACUGAGAUCGACAUCUUCAGCUACAAGCCCACGCUGCUCACCGCCAGGACCCUGGAGAAGAUCCGGCCGGUGCUCGACUACCGUUGCAUGGUGUCCGGCAGUGAACAGAAAUUUCUCAUCGGCCUGGGGAAGUCCCAGAUCUACACGUGGGAUGGCCGCCAGUCUGAUCGCUGGGUCAAGCUGGACCUGAAGACAGAGCUACCCCGGGAUACUCUGCUCUCUGUGGAGAUUGUCCAUGAGCUGAAAGGGGAGGGAAAGGCUCAGCGGAAGAUCAGUGCGAUCCACAUCCUGGAUGUCCUUGUGCUGAAUGGCAGUGAUGUGCGGGAGCAACACUUCAACCAACGAAUCCAGCUUGCCGAGAAGUUUGUGAAAGCUGUCUCCAAGCCCAGUCGGCCUGAUAUGAAUCCCAUCAGGGUGAAGGAAGUGUACAGGCUUGAAGAGAUGGAGAAGAUUUUUGUCAGGUUAGAGAUGAAGAUCAUUAAGGGCUCCAGUGGGACCCCGAAGCUCAGCUACACGGGGCGGGACGACCGACACUUUGUGCCCACGGGCCUCUACAUCGUCAGGACGGUGAACGAUCCAUGGACUAUGGCUUUCAGCAAAAGAAUGAAGAGGAAGUUCUUCUACAAUAAGAAAACCAAGAAGUCUACCUUUGACCUCCCCGUCGAUUCCAUUGCCCCCUUUCACACCUGCUACUUUGGCCGACUCUUCUGGGAGUGGGGGGAUGGCAUCCGCGUGCACGACUCCCAGAAGCCUCAGGACCCCGACAGGCUGUCCAAGGAGGACGUCCUCUCCUUCAUCCAGAUGCACAGCGCCUGAGAGCCGGGCUGCAGCCCCACCGAAUGUCCUGUCAUUCCACGGCGGGGUGCCCGGCCUGUCCCCCAGCACUGGGCAGACCAGGGAGAGAGCUCACGGCAGCCUGUGCCCGUGAGGGAGAGACGGUCUCCCCGUGGGCCUCCAGAGGCUCUCCCGCGGUCCUUCGGG